AUGCCCCGAAACGGUCACACAAGGGUAGCUGCCAUCGUUGAGCCAAUGAGUCCGAUGUCUGACGGACUGGGGCAGUCUACAGACGAGGCCGUCGGCUCGUCACCAGCACAGCCUUCCGCAGUGAGCAACAAUGUUGCUCCGCCAAGCGCCACGGUUCAAGCUGCUGUCGUGGACAUGCCAGCCGAGAUGCAGGACGUCGCAGUCCCUUGGGCGCAACCGCGCCUAUCAGUGCAGGGAGGCGGAGUCAUGAGAAGUCGUCGGCCGAGCCUUUUACUUCGAGCUCACGUCGCUUUCCGCUUGGUGCUGGGACUUUCCGUUGCUGGUCUCUCACACGAUGCAACCGAUCUCCGAAGGCUGCAAGCUGAGGAGUUUGGUAUCACCUUCGGCGUGCCAACUGGCGAUGCAAACGUCAUCAAGGUUUGGCCCUCCCGUGGUUGCGACAAGCUGAAGGGAUGUGCCACACCUGCGGCUCUUUGUUCUGCGUGUCAUGGAUUGCAGAAUUGCUUGCAUGACAACCUGUUGCCGAAGACUGUUCAAGCCAUCCAAAUCCUGGACGCGAUGUUCGCCGACUUCAGCUGCGCUUCCGCAUGCAAUCCUCCCAACCCCUCUGCCAACACGGUGAAGGCGGUCAGCAUGGAAGAUCUGGCCAAGCGUGUUGCAGAAGAGCAGGCUGUAAAGGAGGAGGAGGACAGGCGUCGCAAGGCGGAGGAAGAGGCUGCCAAGGAGGCGGUUCGCCAGCAACGUGAGAAGGAAGCUGAAGAGCGCCGUCGCAAAGAACAGGAGGAGGCACAGCGUGCACGCCUGGAGGCUGAGCAGAGGGAGAAGGAAGCCAAAGAGGCUGCAGAAGCAGAGAAGGCCGCUGCUGAGCAGGCUGAGAAGAAGCGCCAAGAGGAGUUGGCACAGCACAAGAACGAAGUGAUGGCAUGGAUCAAGAAGCAAGGCUUUUCUGGCAUCAACAAUGCAAAGAAGUCCUUCUUCAGCAGCACGUACCCGUUGCACAAGGCUGCAGAGGUGGGAAAUGCAAAGAUGGUCAAACUGCUGCUGGAGCAGGGGGCAAACCCAGCUCUGAAAAACUCGGCUGGCAAGACCGCCCAGGAGGUUGUUCUUCAGAAGAAAAAGGGCGAGUCACACAAGGAGGUCUGCUCGACAUGGGAGGCUGUGAAGCGAGUUGUCGUGCUGUCUGUCAUCAGCUCGACCUACUAUAUCUGCGCUUUCAUCGCCAGACUGCUCCUGGGUCAGUACACCGACCCAGGCGAUCCAAAUUCCCCAGACGAGCUGUGGUCGGGGUGCAGCCAGCUCAUCAUUGAGCUCAGCAUCCCCGCAUGCGGAUACUACGGUGCGUUGUACACCCACAGGACUUUACUCUUUUUCUUUUGUGGCGCUAACCUUAUCUUUGUGGUGGCUUACAGCAUCAACUUCCUGCGGUAUGUCAUCCGCAUGGGCGGUGGGGCCGAAGCGUGUGCGCUUGAGGCAUAUGCUACGCAGCAGCGAGACUGCGAGCUGAUGCACAGCGGUGGACCGCUUCGCUAUCUUUUUCUUGGCAGCCUCGUGAUUCUGACAUGGUUCAGCUGCCUUUCCUUUGGCGCCGGCAAGGGCUUGUACCAGGGGCUGGCGCCCGGAGAUGGACAUCCGUACUCGUCUGUUCCGGUGGUUGGCGAAGUGAUUGCAACCCCAGAGGGAUCUACCAGCGAGAGUGGAUCGAGCUCCUCGCCGACUCGCCGUCUGCCAGAAUCACUGCCCGGGCCCCGGGCUUCAGCCAUGGCACGGCGAAGCGCAGUGCCUGCGCUCGCGCUCCUGGCCUCGGCGGCCUGGUUGCCGCUGGCCUUCCUUGCGCCAGGUAGACCAUCGCAGGAAUAUGGGCGACGUGCCAUGAUGGCAGGUGUUGCCGGAUCUCUGUUAUUCGAUGCUGCGCCCGAUGCACAUGCCGAGGAGGAGAUCGACUUUACCAAAGUGCUGCGAACUGGCCAAACGCCUUAUGCAAAGAUGGACUAUCAGGUCUUCCGAGAAGGCAAGUGCGAACCAGCACAGAUGGGCGACUUGGUCAGGGUGAAGCACCGAGCCUGGCUGGAAAACUUCGAGGAGGGCCUGCCCUGGGAGCUCACGCUAGUGGGCCGAAUGGAGGUUGGGCCUUACCAAACGCCGAAGAGGAUCAAGGUUGGAAAGACGCCUCUGACGCCAUAUGAUCCGCCUUCACUGACGGAUGCAGUCCUGGGUAUGCGCCCGGGAGAGCUGCGACGAGUAGUAGUACCUCCAGAGUUUGGCUUUGGCAAAAAGGGCAGGAGUGUGAUGGAGCCUAUGGAGGAUCAGGACAUCCCGCCAAAUGCUACGUUAUACUACGAGAUUGAGAUGGUGUGGACUGGCUGGACCAAGGACGAUGCUAGUCUAGGCCUCAAAGGAAGAGCGCCGAAGCGAAGCAGCUCCAAGACGGCCUUGUCCGAGGAGGAGCGCCGUGUAAACGAAAUGGUUCGAGCCUCGAACACGCUGAGCAGCAGCUGCACGGCCAUGACCGUGGCAGGCGAAGCCGCGCAGGCUAGUUGGUCUGUCUGGGAGAAUGCUGAUUUGAAGACUUUCGUGGAAAGCUCCGCGACCAUUUCAUGGUGUGGAUCUUCUGCAGGUGUCACCGCAUACACAGAGACGUUUCAGCAGUGGUUGCCAGUUGCCAGCGGGGCCCGACCGGACAGUAAAUCUCGGAGCUUCUAA